AUGAGUGCCGAAUAUAGCCGUGAACACUGCAAAAUAGUAGUAGGUAAAAUUUUACAGACAAUAGGAUGGCAUUCAAUCAAUACUACACCUUUAGAAGUACUCACAGAUAUUUUGUCAAGUUAUGUGAAGGAAAUUGCCAAAACCACCGCGGCUUAUGCGGCGGAAUUUGGGCAAACCGAACCCAACCUAGACCAUUUGGGUCUGGCGUUUCAAGAAUUGGGUGUGAAUUUGGGCGAGCUCGAGGAAUAUGUGACUUACGUAAACUUUGUUCCUCCUCCUCAUCCAGUUCCUAAGUAUCCAAUUCCAAGGGAAAAUAACCUUAAUUUCUUAAAACCGGGUAGUAAAGAGGUUGUGACUCGACCUAUUCACAUAAAUGAACAUCUUCCACCCAUGUACCCUUUAAUGGAAGAGCAAAAUGAUACCUCUACCGAAAGUGUUACAUGCAAGAAGGAAAUCUCGACAGAAGAUGAAAAAUCAGAAGAUCAUCAAUUUAAAAAACCUGCUGAGGUUGGAAAUCCUGAAUUUAGAAAAUCUAAGAAGGAGGAGGAAGGAGGUAGACCGACUCGUGAAAUAACCAGUGUUAUGAUGACCACUUCCGGAUUUUUGUCACCUGCUCGUGAAGGUAAGUUGCCAGAAGCCAAAGCACCCGCCCCACCACCCGAACCUCCAAAACCGCCAUCGCCUAUACCUGUUCCAGAGCUGGCGCCUAUUAAAAAGAAGCCGGAGAAAAAAAGAGAUAAAAUUAAUAAAGACUUCUUUAAACCUAUACAAGAAGAAAGGCCACCAAAAAAAGUGAACAGUAUGAAAGACAUUCUUACUAUGAAACGUGCUAAGGCGGUUGCGGCGAAUGCUGCUGCUGCCGCCGCAACUCAAUCACCUACUAUGCCGCCUGGGUUAAGUAACUUGCAGCCUUUGCCAUCCUCUAGGUUUAUACCACCACCAUUCGCAGAUAUGAAAUUGCCUCCCCUAAUACCCCACGCGCAUACUCAUCAUAAGUCUCCACAGAAAUCAGGUAGCAGCAGUUUUAACAACGCACUGGCGGCAGCUAAGGCUAAAACCGAAAAACUUAAUACUACAAUAACGCCCAUAAUGGUCAAGUCUGAACCGAAAUUUCAACCUCCUACCCCACACCCGGUUGAUAAGCUGGCCAACGAGCCUGAUAAGAAGAAAAUUAAUAUUUUGAAAAAGAUAUCUAAGCACGAAAGGCAAAAACAAAAUAUGAACGCUCAACUAAUGCAUCAUGAUAUUGUCAGUAAAAUCAAUCUCUCAAGUGAUAUUACUAUAGAACCGAUUCAUCCCUCUAUGUCGAAUCGCCCGAUGCUUAUGAGGCCAGACUCAUUUUUUGAUAAUGGUUCGCCUCCCGGAACUCCACCUACGCCCAGAACUCCCGACAUUCUUCCGCAAACCCCGCCGUUUGUAGUUAAGGAAAAGCGAAAACGUAAAGAGAAAUCCGAUAAGACUCCGAAAGAGAAAAGGCCUAGGAAACAAACAUUGAUGCCCCAACCGCAUUUCUUGGAUCCGGAAUUUUUGGAAAUGUCGCUGGGUAGACCGAAAACUCCCGAUGCUCAUUUACUUAUGCGAAACAAACCCACUUUUCCUCCUUCCCUCCCGCCCACGAACCCUCCGUUACCUUUUCCGUUUCUGCCUACUUUUGGCGGGCCGGGUUUAAUACCCACUUUAACAAAUCCUUUUAUGCCUUUUGCUUCUCCUAUUCCAGACUUUGGAAAGACGCCUUAUUUCCCGCCUAUGCCUCCUAAGCCAGAACCGCGACCCAAAGCUUCUCCUAAACCAAAGGAGGUAAUUAAACCUGAACCAGUAGAGGUUAUUCCUCCACCGGUAGUACCAACACCACCACCUCCAAGAGAACCUUCUCCUCUUCCACCCAAGCCACCAACUCCAACUAUUCCAGAGGUCUUAGAAGAAAAGCCUGUUAUCAAAGCCGAAGAGGAAACUAGCGUUGUUUCCGAGGAAUCUACACCUAAAAAAUCUAAAGAGCACAAGAAAGAGAAAAAGGAUAAAACAAAAAAGAAGAACAAAAAGGAAAAAUUCAAAGACAAGCUCGAGAAAAAGAAAUUAAAAGAGGGCAAAAAGGAAAAAUUGAAAAUCAAGAAAGAAAAGAAGAAAAAAUUGUCCAAAGAGGAGCUUCCCCCAGAAGUUCCUGUCAUACCAAAAAUUUUAUUAAAAGUGAACUCGCCCUCACCGAGGCCUGAGACGCCAGACUCAUUGAAAAAAAUAAAUAUCAAGCCUGUUGUUAAGAGAGAGGAUUCUUCGCCAGAUAGAAAACAGAGGGAUCCGUCGCCAGGUUUAGCUCAGAUAUCCGCCUUGGUGGUAGGCCCGCCCAAGCACAAAAGCCCGGCACCUCCACCACCAGAAAAACCAUCUCCGCCACCAUCCGCUUCUGAGCCACUCGCAUCCCCGACAACCACUUCAAGGACCCCUGGCAGGCCUAGAAUUCAUCCACUAAAACCUAAACCCGCGCCUAAACCGAAAAAAAUCGAACAACCGUUCGUAAAAGUGGACGCAGAGGGCAACGAAGUGUGGAUUUGUCCGGCUUGCGGACAACAGGACGACGGAAGGCCUAUGAUUGGUUGUGAUGGAUGCGACGCGUGGUAUCAUUGGGUUUGCGUCGGUAUACAGGUACCACCUGACGAGAACGAAAAUUGGUAUUGUAAACCGUGUUUGGCUAAAAAGAAUGAAGAUUUUCAGGAUAAAAAGAAAAAGCGAAAAAAGAAAGACAAAAGUCAUUAGAUCUUAUAAUGGUCGAUCUAUCAGGGUAUUCAGUAGACUGGCCAAAAAUUAUUAUCGACAUUUUUUAAAUCACCAAGAUCUGAAUGGCAAUCAUAUUUUUAAAGAGGAAAAUGUAUUAUUUCAGUGGUUGUUAAAAGAAGCAAUUUAUAAUAAGACAUUUCCAUAUACUACUCCAGAUAAACUUUUCUAAACUCGUACUUUUUUGACAUGUGACUAUAUUUUCUUCCUGCUUUUAUAACUUGGAAACUCCUCUUUUUGAGAUAGGAUCUUUCUCUAGGACGUAUAUUCUUUUAAAGUAAAUAGAGUGCCUUCCAUUCGAGCUUACCCAUUGAGACCUUGGAAACGGUAAAACAUUGAAGGUCGGAUAAAUUAAGGUAAACAUGCCUAGUUUAAAUUGCGUAUUAAAAUCUCAUUGAAAACAAAUUGAAACGUUUUUUUAUUCAUUAAAAAUUAGCGAAUUUUAUCUUUUAUUGAUUUAUUUAUUUUUCUUAUGGGCGCCGUAUUGGAUUAUAACAGAUUUAAUUUAAUUACGUUUUUCAACGAUGUAUCACACUUGUUUACCCUUUAAUUGUUUUAACAUAAAAAACAUAAAGGGUAAACAUUUAUUUAUAGGUAUGUAAUAAAGUGUCAGACCAUUUUCUAUACGCCUUUAAAUAACAUAAGAAAACAUUUUAAAAAAUUGUUAAUUUUUCGUUUUCAUUUAGCAUUUUACUACGCAUCAAUUGACAUAACUUGACCCUAAUUUGACCGAUAUUUGUUUAUGUUAAUUUUUACUGUUUUAUUUUUAUAUUUACGGUUUCCGAGAUCCCAAUGCCCAUCCUCGAUUUUGGCAUAACCUGUACAUAUAAAUUAUCGGUACAAAAUUCAAGUAUUCAAAUAGUACAAAGUACCAGCGCUAAAUGUGAGGCAUUUUAGAAUUUUUAUUUUUAUUCCAAAGAGCAGGUUAUAGUCUUAAAACGUAUAAUUAUAUAUCUAAGUAUGUCUUUUUUAAAUUCAUCUAUUGAUAUCCCAUUUUUUUUAUAACUUAUGAAGCCAUUCGUCAUUCGUUAUGUGGAAACAGUGGUUAAAAAUAAAUUAUAAUUAAAUAAAUAUUGCGUUAAAAAAAAUAAUAUUUAAUUAUUUUUUUAUUAAUUAUUAAAAUCGUCUAUCGAAGUAUCGUCUAGGAACUUUUUACUGCAUAGUUUGCUAUUUAACUUGUAUAUAAUAAUAUUGGCAAAGGCACACAUUUUUGUUUUAUAAAACAUUAUGGUAUUUUGGUUUGCAAAAUUUCGGAAUAUUGUUUUGUCCAUUUAAUAAAUGAAAACCAAUAAGAAAACUAUGUCCUUUGAUAGUUGCAAUAUUUAUCGGAAAUUAUCUUUUUCAUAAAUUCACUUUUUGUUUAUAUCAGUUAAUCAUUUAAAUCAAUUUGGAACUAUGUUUUUCCUGUUUUUUUACUUUUCCAUUUGCAUGCUAAUAUAACAAUGUAUGCCUAAAAUGAAUUCUUUUAGCACAAACAUUUGCAAUAAAGCUCAAUUCUUGUAUGAAAAUAUGUUUGGGUAAUGGUUAUUAAAUAUAAAUGUAUCCAAAUAUAACUGUAGAGGAUUAGGUUUUGAGAGACAAAAGUUGAUUAAUACUAUUCUAACCUAUGAAAAUAAAAUUCUCUAAAAUUGAGGCGUAUUUUACGGAAUUUUGGAAUUGAUUGGCAUUUGUGAUCAUUUUUUUUUAUAAAAUAACGAUUGAUCAUAAUCCAGGCCUUACAUAGAGAACAAUUAUCGCGAUAAGAAUAGGUUUUGUAAAUUUGACAAUGGAACCAUAAAUAUUCAAAACUUACGCCAAGUUCCUCUUAACUUAAGUUUUGAAUUACCGUUUCAUCAUAAUUGACGUUUAGACAAUUUUGCCUUAUUGUCUAAAUGUCAACCCACGCGAUUAAGUGUAUAUAAUUUCUUGGAAAAAUUAUUAACUAAUACAACAUAAUCCAAUUGCAAUUAUCAUGUAUUGUAUUAAAUUUAAGAGUAAAGAAUUAAUUGUCUUAAAUAGUAGGUUAAGUAUUGUGUUUUGUUGAGUAAUAGGAUUUACUAUAGGUUAUAGAAUUCUUUGUACAUUUAAUUAUAUUGUGGCGUGUAAAUUCUAAACAAGUUUAUAUAUUACGUAUCUAUAAUAAUUUGAAUAAAUAGUCUAUUUAAUUCAUUAGAUUUAGUUAAUAUAAAUUAAUAUAAUACAUAUAUGUCUACAUUUUUAGGAGUCAAGUUGAGAAUCACUUGGGAUAAAUUUUUUUGGCAAAUACUUUUUACAGUUUAUUGCAGCUUUAGUUAUUUGUAAUUUUUUAUACCAAACGAAAUUUAGAAAAAAUUACUAUUUCCAAGAGAUCCUCUAACUCUCUUCUCUCUUUAUCCUCUUAGUCCGGCCUCUGAUAAGCUGGUAAACGUUACAUUUAAUAAUUGUCCCAAACUGCUGGAUACAAUUAGUACAAGCAGAUUCAAAUUGAUGCUAAAAGCUAUCAAAAUUGUAAUAUCAUUUCAUGUUAUCUCACUACUAAUUAUGUUUAAAUAAACAUAUAAUCCUAUAGAGAAUUAUUUCAACAAUGCACUUUCGGACUUAUACCAAAUGUAAGUUACGUGGUUUUAUGUUAAUUGUAUCUCUCUAAAUUGAAUAUAAAUAAAAGAAAAUAUUUUUUUAACAUUGAAAUUUGUGGGCAUAUCACAAAUGACGAAAUUGUCAAUUGUUGAGAAAGAAGAAAACUUUAAAAUAAGUAAAAUGUAUAGUAAAUUGAAAAAUUACAGUAAAUCGAAGUUUCCUUUUAAAGUUUGUAAAUUUCUUGUUCUGUUUAAUUUAGUAGAUAGAUGAUCAUAUAUUUUUAAUAUUAACUUGUUGCAGUGGCCGCUAAACUAAAAGCUGGUAGUUUUAUACCGGGGCUAUUGCUAUUUGCGUCAACAAGCUGAAAUUUUUCUUUAAAAUUUGAACAUAUCAAGACAGACUGCAGAAAAUAAAGGGAAACUGUGUUAGUAGAUUUCGAGUAUGGAAAAGAAGUGAACAAGGCAUUGUAACAAAAAUAAUGUUAAAAUCUUUAGUUUUAUAAAUAAAUAACUUUCAUGUUUCUUUUACCUUGAAAUUUCAAAACGAUAAAAAAUUGGAGUUGUAUUUUUUUAUCUAACACGUAUAAAAGUUUUUCUCGCUUAUGAAACACAUAUUAGACACAGACAGCUUUUUCACCGAUACAAGUUGUAGGCAAAUUACUGCUUGCACUAAUUGAAUCCUACUUUUUAAGACAAUUUUUGAAUGUAGCGAUAUCACGCAGAUAAAAUGGUCAUUAGCUCCCGGAUUAUUUUUUUACAGUAUAAAUAAUUUUUACAGUAUAUAUAAUUUCAAUUUUAUCGGUAAAUGUUACGCUUCUUUUUAUAAAAACAUUGUAUUUUAUGUAUCGAGCAUUAUACUAAUAGUUUUUUUAUAAAUUCUUUAUUUAGUUAUUAUAUUAGGCAAUAAAAAAGGUAAUAAUCGA